GGUGACCCCACGCUGACCUUGCCAUGUCCCCCCGCUGUCCCCUGUCCAUCCCGUGUCCAGCUGUCCAUCCACGAGCGCGAGGAGGACCCCCAGGGCUACCUGCUGGUGAUGAAGGGAGCCCCCGAGCGCAUCCUGGACCGCUGCUCCCGCAUCCUCCUGCAGGGCCAGGAGCAGCCCCUGGACCAGGAGAUGCGCGAGGCCUUCCAGAACGCCUACCUGGAGCUGGGGGGGCUCGGGGAGAGGGUCCUGGGGUUCUGUCACCUGUACCUGCCCCCGGACAAGUUCCCCCGCGGGUUCCGUUUCGACGCGGACGAGGUGAAUUUCCCCACCAGCGACCUCUGCUUCGUGGGGCUCAUGUCCAUGAUCGACCCCCCCCGCGCCGCCGUGCCCGACGCCGUGGGCAAGUGCCGGAGCGCCGGCAUCAAGGUGAUCAUGGUGACCGGGGACCACCCGAUCACGGCCAAGGCCAUCGCCAAGGGCGUGGGGAUCAUCUCCGAGGGCAACGAGACCGUGGAGGACAUCGCGGCGCGGCUCAACAUCCCCGUCAGCCAGGUGAACCCCAGGGAGGCCAAGGCGUGCGUGGUGCACGGCUCGGACCUGAAGGACAUGAUCGAGCAGCUGGACGAGAUCCUGCGCAACCACACCGAGAUCGUCUUCGCCCGCACGUCCCCCCAGCAGAAGCUGAUCAUCGUCGAGGGCUGCCAGCGACAGGGCGCCAUCGUGGCGGUGACGGGUGACGGCGUGAACGACUCGCCGGCGCUGAAGAAGGCGGACAUCGGGAUCGCCAUGGGCAUCGCGGGCUCGGACGUGUCCAAGCAGGCGGCCGACAUGAUCCUGCUGGACGACAACUUCGCCUCCAUCGUCACCGGCGUCGAGGGAAGACAUUGA